GAGUCCCACUCGUCGUUCGAAGCCACCGGCCGCCAUCUUCGUCGCGUUCGCGGUGCUUUCGCGCGCUUCACCCUUCGUCGUUUCGCCCUCGCCGGAUCAUCGCGGACUGAUUCACAGUGACGCCAGGUUGAGGUUUUACGUCACCGGAGGAUGAGAUUCGGAUCGCCGGUUGACAUCCGCUUUCCGCGCUUCCAGGGUGAAUCGCGCGGGAUGAACGAUGGCGAAAGUUGAAAAACGUCGCGUCAUGUCGCGGAAGAGUACAUGUCGUCGUGAUUACUUCAGGAAUUCUGAUUGAGGACCGGCUGCUUUGCCCGAUGAAAAGGACGACGGCGUCGCGAUGAUGAUGAUGCAGCGACCGGUUGGCGGAUGGACGCGCCAGUCGCUGGAAAGCCCGAACCCGGAGGAAAGUACGAAAAAGUCGGUAAUCACUGCCGUCGUCAUCAUCACCGCGGGCGGCGCAGGACUGCCGAGUUGACGAAAGUCGGUCGAAGAAGAAAGAGGGAAAGGAAGAAGCGAAACAAGGCAGCGACGCAUCGGUUAAUCACCAUCGUGGUCAGUCAAGACAUAGAAGAGGAAGAAGAGGAAGUGGGGAAAAAAAAGGAGGAACCAGGAGAGGAGCACACCCGUCGGUGGGAGGAACAAUCGUACACAGCGAGGGGUAAAGUCUCGGUUCACCACUGGAGACGUGGACGUUAAACGUAGACGACGUCCGGUCACGCGAGCGCCGAUAAAUUCGACAUCCUAAUCACGGAAUCCUAUUCAUUCAUCGAUGGAACGCUUCUUCAAGAAAAAUAUGAGACGUCGAUCGCGACGCGACGUUCCGCUGUCGUGAAUUAUCGUGAAUUACCUCGCGAAGGAUAUUUCGAACAGGUCGAUGAGCUACACGGCGUGGCGUGCCAUUUUUAGAAAUUUAAAAUACGUACCUUGGAUCUCGAGAGAGUAUUCGAGGAGACAUCGAAGCCAACGGAUAUUUAUAUUUUCGAUAUAAUUCGCGGACACUUCGAGGUGACCAAGAUUCCAUUUUGGCGACUAUCCCGACAUGGUUGAGAAAUUAUUCGAGUGAAGUUUCUACUCGAGCGCUGCUUCAUAUUUUGAUCGUUCGGAACAGAUUCUUUGAAUCACUCGUUGAUAUCUUCAAUUCGAUUGAAGAAUAUCCGACAGACCGGAUCCAGUGGGAUCUCGAUCUGUUCUACUACGCGCGUCUUGAGGAAACUCACCGGUGAAAAUUUUAUCCCUGCACGAAUAUUCCACGAAGGUAGUUCACGAAGGUAAAUUUGAAAAGUCGUCGAUAGCCGAUAGCGAACGGUAUGUGAGGAGAAGUUCAACUUUGGUAUAGUGCGGUUUAUCAUUGUUGAAUUUGCGUAAAACUUUCCCCGCGAUCGUGGCGAGCAUCGCGAGUGUUGCAAAAUCGGUGUUUGUGAUCCUCUCCUUCGGGAAGCUGGACAGAUGUGCUCCGUCGUGAAGAUGAUACGUUACAUAGCCAUCGCCGCCUUUCUCACUGUACUCGCUAGCGGAGUGCCGAGAUCUUCGAGCAUUUACGCGGACGACAACGUGCAAAAUUAUCUCAUGAGAUUCGGUUACUUACCUCAGACCGAUUUCGAAACAGGAAAUCUACGGACGGAGGACCAACUCAGGGAUGCUAUAAAAAAUCUGCAGAAAUUUGGUGGUAUUCCCGUGACGGGGGAGAUCGACGAGGCGACAAGGAAGUUAAUGAAGGCUAGGAGAUGCGGAUUACCGGAUAAGCCGGAUCUCAAAUUCACGAAGACGAGGCAUAAGCGUUUCACUAUUCACGGACAACAAUGGCCGUAUCGAAAUCUCACCUGGAGCCUGAGAUCCGAGCAGCCCAGCGGUCUGGACACGGGCGGGGUCCGGUUAGAACUGAGCAAGGCCCUCGGUCUCUGGGCCAGGAACUCGAAGCUCACCUUCCAGGAGAUCAACAGCGACCGCGCCGACAUCCUGAUCUACUUUCACCGGGGUUAUCACGGGGACGGAUAUCCGUUCGAUGGCAGAGGUCAGAUCCUGGCGCACGCGUUCUUCCCGGGGAAAGAUCGCGGCGGAGACGCUCACUUUGACGAAGAAGAGAUAUGGUUGCUGGAAGACGAGAGCAAUGAGGAGGGCACCAGCUUGUUCGCGGUGGCCGCUCAUGAAUUCGGUCAUUCCCUGGGACUGGCGCAUAGCUCGGUCCAAGGUGCUCUCAUGUAUCCCUGGUAUCAAGGACUGAGCCCCAACUAUGAGCUACCGGAGGACGAUCGCCACGGGAUUCAGCAGAUGUACGGGGCUCCUGAAGAUAAACUUUGGGGCAAUAUACCAGGUGGUCCACUGCCACCGGAGCAACCGCCUCCACCACCUCCGACAACUACGGCAACGACGACGACGACGACAACGACGUACAGGCCCUGGAGAACGAGACCUACCAGGCCGAAUCAUUAUCCAGAUGAUGGCAGACCUCGACAACCGGGUCGUUACCCGCAGAAACCCGAGUAUCGGCCGCACAAACCCCAUCGACAUCACACCACAUGGUCGACGACGACGACGACAACAACGACGAGGAGGCCCACGCCGAGGGUGAGAUUUCGAUGGACUCCGCCACAGCGGGAUGACGUGCCCGACAAAUGCGACACGAGCUAUGACGCUAUCAGCAUUAUUCGCCGAGAGGUCUUCGUCUUCAAAGGACGAUAUCUGUGGCGAAUAGGCGAUCAGGGAAUCUAUGAGGGAUAUCCGGCGGAGAUCACCAGGUUGUUCAAUCUGCCACUGGACAUCGAUCACGUGGACGCUGUGUACGAGCGACCGGAUAAAAAGAUAGUCUUUUUCAUCGGCCGUGAGUACUACGUCUUCGACGCCAACAAUCUAGUACCGGGUUAUCCGAAACCCCUUACAAAUCUAGGACUGCCAGAGUCCUUAGAGAAGAUUGACGGCGCCAUGGUGUGGGGCCACAAUGGCAGGACUUACUUCUUCAGCGGUUCCAUGUAUUGGAGGUUCGACGAAUCUGUUAAUUACGUGGAACUCGAUUAUCCCAGGGAUAUGAGCAUGUUUGCUGGCGUGGGAAACGACAUUGAUGCCGUUUUUCAAUGGAAAAAUGGUAAGACGUACUUCUUCAAAGGCAAAGGUUUCUGGGAGUUUGACGAUCUCAGGAUGAGAGUAAUACAUGAGAAACAGAGAUUGUCGGCACCAUUCUGGAUGGGCUGUCCGCCGCCGGAAGUAGAAACCAAUGACAUCGAGACCCAUAUGCCUAGGAAAUCGAGGAUUGUCUCAGCUUCCGCCGCCGUCGCCACAAGAGCAAUCACGCCAAUGUUUGCCGCGAUCGUUGUGAACUUUAUCAUGAGGAUAAUAUACGUGUAAAAAUGAGAUAAUGACGCACGUGUCUUUCCAGCAGACAAUGUGCGACGGGAAGCAUUUUGUACCUCACAUUGGAAUUUCGCGUGUGAAAUACGAAUACCGGAAAGUCAAUCGGAUUUUUAAAGCGCGAACGUCGAUAGAUCGGCGAAUACAGGGGUUGGAAGACCAUUCGUAUAUCGAUUGGAAUUUCAAAGAAAUGCCUGCGGCACAUUCGUACCCAUGGACUUCAACUUCCUCGCCGAGCCUUCCGAUGGAGAGAUCGCGAUUGCAGUUUAAACGAAGCUCUAGGAAUGAUAUCGAACCAAGUCGCGGAAUCAUACGUCUUCAAAAAAGAUAUAUUAUACGAAAUGAUUGACGAAUAUUAAAAUGUUAAGAUAUUACGAGAAAACAUUUUUCUAUACACUUUUUACUUUUAUUUUUUAUCUCGGUACCUAAAAUGAAAUAAAAUUGUAUUGACAUUUAAUUUUCUUUUAAGAGAAACGUGUGACUUAGGUCGAUAUUAUCAAUCCUGGAAAAACCACGCUAUCGCGUUACACAGGAACAUAUUUUUGUAUAUUGUCUUUUUACAUGGCCGCAUUUACAUGCGAAGUAAUUAACUUAAGAUGUAACUUUUUUUUUUAUAUCGCAUGACGAAUGAAUGACGGAUCCUCGAAGAUGCGAAAAGAAAUAAAAAUCUUGCGAUAAAAAUUUACAAACUACCACUGCCGAAAAUCCAUCCAGCGUUUUUCGAUAUUCUUUUUACAGGGGCCUUUAAAUUGAGAUAGAACUUAUAUACAUAUAUCCCUUCUAAGGGUCAAUAUGAGCCACAAAAAAUUCCGUGAUCCUUCCGUAAAUUGCAAUUAUUAGUUGGAAUCGACAAUCUCAAAACGAUAAAAUAAUCGAUUCCGACAGAGCACAUAUUUUAUAUAAAUAUUAUAUUAAUUAUUGAUACCGUAUAAUUUAGCAAAAGAGGACACGGGCAAACUGCAGUGUCGCCAGUUUUGUAAACUGUGAUAUUUAUAUACCGCGCGCAAGCAAAGUAGUUAGUGUAAUAUCAAGGAAUUAGCACAGAAUCAAUCUCGAAGAUUUAUAUACAGAGCCGGUGUACCAGAGAUGCUUGCACGAACUUUGCGGGCGUUGCUCCCGAUUUUUUCAAACCGAUUUCUUCUCAUGAGACACCAUUUUUAGUCUUCUCUCAAGAGAGAAUGAAAUUUCAAUCCAAAUUUAAUCUUAAAUGUUUUUUUCCACAUAAUCUUAAGUUGUAGCUUUGACAAUUGAGAAAAUUUUAAAAAUUGAAAAAUAAAAAGUAAAGAUGAAGAAAUUAAAUUUUUGCAAAUAAGAAAUUGACUGCAGUUUUAAUAUACGUGCGAUACGCCUCUGCGAAGUUUGUAGUAUUUGUAUUUCCAAUAUACAUCUCUGUAUAUAUAUAUAUAAAAACAUGUUUUAUAAUUAUGUAAUAGGUCGCGCGUAUUGCAGAACUUUGUACUGUAUGUUCAUGAAACGCGCAACAUUGGAAAGAAGACAAACGAUAUAAAUGAUAUUAUGUAUUUCAGAAAUAUAUAAUUAUAUUUUUUUUCUUCGAUUACAACUUUGACAAUUUUACUUCUGGUUGAGUAAAUACUUUGUUAUGGAAAAGCAGAUGCAUCAGAGUGUUCUACUAGAAAGCGACAACUUCUCCAAUUCUUUUUUAAUUCCAAACUUAAAUUAAUGUAAUGAGAAAAUUAAUGUAAUAUGCCGAUCUAAUGUGUUCUCUAUACUUAUUUUAUAUAUUGUCAGUUCGUGCUUUAUUUGUGUAUAUACGAAAUAAAGUGAUUUUACCAAA